GGAGGCCCCAAGGGUGCAGGGGCCCUCUUCAAAUUGCUAAGGGCAAGGAGAGGAACUGAGGUUUGUGAACACUGUGGCUUGUGUUUCCUGUUUCAGCAGGCUGCUGCUGUGCGAAAGAAAGAAGAAAAUGUUGAGGGGACUUAGGACCUCGAUGUGAAAGCUUCCCCACCAUCUGAGACCAGAGAGACCCAGAAAGGGCCGAAGGCUCUCCCGAGACACUUGAGACAGAGCCUGGGACCUGAGAUCCAAGCAGCUGUCUAAGGAAAGUAAGCCAAGCACAACAGGUGCUCGGGAGGCCACCAUGAUCGGCUCAAACUCCAGGUCCUUCCCUAGCUUGGCUCGGUGGGCCGAGAGCUAUGAGGCCAAGUGUGAGCGGCGUCAGGAGGCCCGAGAAAGCCUCCGCCGCCGCCGCAAUGAGACCACCUGCCGCCAGCCAGGGAAGGUGCUGCGGACUCAACACAAGGAACACCUUCAGCGAGCUCGGCAGCUACAGUUCCUCAGAAGGAGAAACCUGGAAGAAGAGAAGAAAGGUCAAUCCAGGGAGCAAAGGCCCUCCAGCAAGACAGAUGGAGGAACAGGCCAAGUGUCUAUCCUCAAGAAGUCCGGGCCUGGAGCCAACAGGACCUCUUUCCCUGGACAGCAGGAAACAGGGAUAUGCUCCGAGGUUUUCCCAGCCUUGUGUCAUCCCCCCUCAGGCAUCCAGAGAGAUCUGGAUGACCACCAUGUUUCCCAUGGAAGAGCCUUUCCACCACAGGACUCUGACACCAUGAAGCCACACAGACACCACCAGGGUACUCAGACAAAGGCAGAAGAGGCAUGGCCAACAAGAAAGAAUGAUGCCAGUCAGCAAACCAACUGUGGAGUUGCCGUCCUAGACAAGGACAUCAUUCAACUCUCUGAAUACCUCAAAGAAGCCUUACAAAGGGAGCUGAUCCUAAAACAAAAAAUGGUGAUUCUCCAGGACCUCCUGCCUGCCCUGAUCCGGGCCUCUGACAGCUCUUGGAAGGGACAGCUUAAUGAAGACAAACUGAAGGGCAAACUAAGAUCCCUAGAAAACCAGCUCUACACCUGCCUGCAGAAACACUCCCCCUGGGGGAUGAAAAAGGUACUGCUGGACAUGGAGAACCAGAGGAGCAGUUACGAGCAGAAGGCUAAGGCAUCACUGCAGAAAGUGCUGGAGGAGAAAAUGUGUGCCGAGCAGCAACUGCAGAGGGCGCAGCUGUCCCUGGCUGUGGCAGAGCAGAAGUGUCAGGAGUGGAAGAGUCAGUACGAGGCUCUUAAGGAGGACUGGAGGACCCUAGGGGACCAGCACAGGGAGCUGGAGAGCCAACUGCAUGUGCUUCAGUCUAAACUACAGGGAGCAGACAGCAGAGACUCACAGAUGAGCCAGGCCCUACGACUUUUAGAAAAUGAACACCAGGAGCUGCAGACCAAACUCGAGAGCCUGCAGGGAGACCGAGAGCAGCAGAGCUCUGAAACCCAGGACCUACAAGAUCAACUAAAGAAGUCCGAGGAGGAGAGACAAGCCCUGAUGAGCAGAGUUCAACAGCUACAGAGUCUGCUUCAGAAUCAAUCCUUACAACUUCGAGAACAGGAGAAGCUCUUAAAGAAAGCGGCAGUGUAGCCAAUGGCUCCCAGCGCUGGUGGUGGUGAUUGCUACAGCACUGGCCGUGUUCCUGGCAAACAAAGGCAACCUGGUCAUCUGAAGAACUCCCGGCAUCUAUCUGAAGUAAAAUUCAGAAGCAAACAACUCCAUGAAAAAACUUGAGGUUUGGUACUUUAUAGCUUAGGUUUUCCCUCCAAAUGAAUCUGGACCCCUAGCUUUAUUUUUCCCACCAUGCUGUAAAUAAACUUUGCCUCACAAGA